CUUUCUUUUCACAUUCAAUCUCUCUCUCUCUCUCUCUCUCUAGACUUUGUAUUAUCUUUCUUACAAUUACAUAAAUGGAAAACUGCCCAUCAAUGAAUACAAUUGUUGUUAGUGAUGAUAAUAGUUUUGAAGAGAGUGGUUGGACUAUGUAUAUUGAUGAUUUUAAUGCCAUGAAUAAAAAUAAUAAUGAAAAUAAUAGUUCAUUAUGUUUUGAUGAUGAAACUAUUUGUUCUUCUGAUCUAAUUUCUGAUGCUGCAUCUUUGAUCUUAAAGAAUUCCAAUGGUGAUAUUGAAAAUAAAAGUGUGAGUUUCAAGAAGAGGAAAAUGAAGGUUUUUGCCAUUGAUGAUUCUUUGGAGGAUACUGCUAGUUCUCCUGUCAAUAGUCCCAAGGUUUGUGAUAUCAUGAAGCAGCCGUUUACCAAAACCUCAAAACAUAAAGAAAUGGAUAUAUCACAGGUUAAAGGAAAUAAUAAUAUUGCCUCAAGUGAUGAGGUGGUAGAUGAGAGAAGUAAUUUGGGUUUUACUGGAAGGGAAAGUGAAAAUACAGAAUUGAAGAAAAGGGGUUUUUGUUUAGUUCCUUUGUCUGUGGUAGUGAAUUAUUUUAAUUGAUCCUUGCACAGGCACAACACAAAAACUCUUGCUUUUGUAAAUAUUGUAUCUAUGGGUUCAAGAUCAAGACCCAUCAUCAUUGUAUAUUUCAUGCAAAAUUGUCAAUAAUAGCAAAUUAUGAUUGUGUAUUUA